UCAGAUGAAUCAGAUCACGCUGGUUUUUCCAUUGGUCGCUCCCAUUUUGAACCGACGGCGAGCUCCAGCCUUCACCUUUCUUCGUUUCGACUGUUUCGUGCCUUUUUAUUUUCAUUUGUAGUUUGCUUUCUCUCUCUAUUUUUUUCCGGUCCAGCUUAAUUUUUUGCACUCCCAACAAACAGUAGCUGCAAUUUUUGUGGUCUCCAACGCAGGAAAAGCUAGAAGAAAAGAAAAAGAAAAUUACUUUCCCUUUUACCAAACAAAAGGAGAAAAAGAAAAUUUAUUUAAAGUGGAAAAUUUUCAAUUUGAUUCCCUCACUUUGAUCUCCAGGCCUCUGAACUUCCGCUUGUAAUCCAUCGCCUGCGUCUGCAGAUUCAAGCCUCUUGUCAGCUGUCUCUCUCCCCCUCUCUGUAUAUAUAUCUUUCUCUGUGGUUUUUGGCAUUGUCUGUGUUUGUCUGAGUUGGCCACAAAAAUGUGGUCAUUUUUCUGGGAAAAAUAUAGAAAAUAGAAGCUUCAUUUAGCUGUUGUUCGUCGGAAGAAACAAUUGAUUUUUUCAUGUAUCCAUUCGUUCAAAAGACCGUUGUCGUAGGCUGAGUUCCUUUUCUUUGAUUGUUCUGUUUGUUCGGAGGGGGAAAAGUAAUGGGAGCUCUUGCUUUCUGGGGAUGGAAAUAAUUUAGCUGAUAGUGGAAUGUGACGAGCAGGCGGUGGCUGGUCUUUUUAGUUGUUCUUCUACUUCCUUGUUCACUCCAAUUUGUAAAGGUUGGUUAGCGCUAUUGUGGAGAUCUGGGACUUGUUUCGUGUCCUAUGCCCCAUGAGGACUUUCUUCGCUCCUGACUCCUGUAAAGAAGCGCAACCAAAUGUUCUAAAUCCACAGUCCUGGCUCCAAGUUGAAAGAGGGAAACUUCCCAAACUCUCAUCACAAUCCUCGUCUGCGUCAAUCGAGUCUCUAAUCAAGGUCCCAGAGCCAUCCAUACUACCAUUCUUUAAGCCUGUUGAUUAUGUGGAAGUUCUUGCUCAAAUUCAUGAAGAACUUGAGUCAUGCCCCCCGCAAGACAGGUCAAACCUAUAUUUAUUGCAAUACCAGGUCUUUAGGGGCCUUGGGGAAGUUAAACCGAUGCGUAGAAGCCUCCGGGCAGCUUGGCAGAGAGCUAACACUGUUCACGAGAAGAUAAUAUUUGGGGCUUGGCUAAAGUAUGAGAAGCAGGGGGAGGAGCUGAUUGCUGAUUUGCUGAAAACUUGUGGUAAAUGUGCAAAGGAGUUUGGGCUAAUAGAUGUGGCAUCUCAUAUUCCUUUUGAUGUUGAUGAAGGUUUGCAAGAGAGAUUUUCGGUGAAUGGGAACCACAUUUCACAAUAUGUUAUUUUUACCAUCGGAAAUGACAAGAUAAUUUGUGACAGACAUAAAAUGUCUGAACUUUCAGCACCAUUUCAUGCAAUGCUAAAGGGAUCUUUCAGUGAGUCACUUUCCGAGACCAUAGAUUUGUCUGAGAACAAUAUCUCCCCUGCAGGCAUGAGGGCAAUAAGUUACUUUAGUCUAAGAGGCAGUUUAUAUGACGUUCCUCCUAAUCUAUUGUUGGAGAUAUUAGUUUUUGCCAACAAGUAUUGUUGUGAAAGACUCAAAGAUGCUUGCGAUAGAAGACUAGCGUCUUUAAUUUCCUCCAAAGACGAUGCUGUGGAACUCAUAGGUUAUGCUCUUGAUGAGAAUUCUCCUGUCCUUGCGGCAUCUUGUUUGCAAGUCCUUUUAUGCGAUCUUCCAAACUGUUUGAAUGACAAUAGGGUGGUAGGGGUAUUUACUGGUGCUAAUAGGCAGCAGCUGGCAGUCAUGGUUGGGCCUGGUUUAUUUUCACUUUACUGUUUAUUAAGUGAAGUUUCUGUGAAACUUGAUCCUAGUUCAGAUAUAACAGUUCAGUUCCUGGAACGAUUGGUGGAUUUUGCUGAAACAGACAAGCAGAGACUGCUGGCGUUUCAUCAGUUGGGAUGUGCAAGACUUUUAAGGAAAGAAUAUGAUGAAGCCCGUUGCCUAUUUGAGGGUGCUUUAAAUGCAGGCCAUAUUUAUUCUGCAGCAGGUUUAGCUAGAUUGGAUUCUAUAAAGGGUGAGAAGCUUUUAUCUUAUGAGAAACUCAGCUCAGUUAUUUCCUCUGUAACCCCAGUGGGGUGGAUGUACCAGGAAAGAUCACUAUAUUGUGAAGGCAACAAUAGGUGGCAGGACCUUGAGAAAGCAACAGAUCUGGACCCUACGCUUAUAUAUCCCUACAUGUAUAGGGCUGUGAAUUUAAUGAGGACUCAAAAUGUUCAAGCUGCCCUGGCAGAAAUCAAUAUGAUACUUGGUUUCAAACUUUCAUUGGAGUGCUUAGAACUACGGUUUUUUCUCAAUCUAGCUCUUGAGGACUACAAAGCAGCCCUCUGUGACGUUCAAGCAAUUCUUACUCUGCGUCCUGAUUAUAGAAUGUUUGAGGGGCGAGUAGCGGCAUCCCAAUUCCGUACACUUGUACGUGAGCAUGUUGAACACUGGACUACAGCAGAUUGCUGGGCACGAUUGUAUGAUUGUUGGUCGACAGUUGAUGAUAUCGGGUCUCUCUCUGUUAUCUAUCAGAUGCUUGAAUCUGAUGCAGCAAAGGGUGUCCUAUACUUCAGACAGUCAUUGCUUCUUCUUAGGUUAAACUGUCCUGAGGCUGCCAUGCGGAGUUUACAAUUAGCUCGCCAACAUGCAUCAAGUAAGCACGAACAACUUGUAUAUGAGGGGUGGAUCUUGUAUGAUACCGGUCACUGUGAAGAAGGGCUCCAGAAAGCUGAAGAAUCUAUUAGUAUCAAAAGGUCCUUUGAGGCCUUCUUCCUGAAGGCCUAUGUAUUGGCUGACUCUAGUCUGCAUUCAUCAUGUUCUUCAACGGUUAUUUCACUUUUAGAAGAUGCAUUAAAGUGUCCAUCAGAUAAUCUUCGCAAAGGUCAGGCCCUGAACAACCUUGGUAGCGUUUUUGUCGACUGUGGGAAAUUAGACUCAGCAGCUGAUUGUUACGUCAAUGCCCUCGAAAUCCGGCAUACCCGAGCGCACCAGGGUCUUGCUCGUGUUUAUUUUUUCAAAAAUGAUAAGGCCGCUGCUUACAAUGAAAUGACCAAGCUUAUUGAGAAGGCAAAAAACAAUGCAUCUGCCUAUGAGAAGAGAUCCGAGUACUGUGAUCGGGAACUUGCAAAGGCUGACCUGGAGAUGGUGACUCGAUUAGAUCCACUGAGAGUAUAUCCUUACAGAUAUCGUGCUGCAGUGUUGAUGGACAAUCACAAAGAGGAGGAGGCCAUUGCGGAACUGUCCAGAGCAAUAGCAUUUAAAGCUGAUCUGCACCUCUUACAUCUACGAGCCGCAUUCCAUGAACACAAAGGGGAUGUGUUAGGUGCCCUCAGAGACUGUCGGGCUGCGCUCUCAGUGGACCCGAACCAUCAAGAAAUGUUGGAACUUCACAGUCGAGUUAACAGCCACGAGCCGUGACUCAAAUCCACAUGAAUUUUCUGAUUGAAAAUAGAUAAUGGGGUGAUCGACACAACAUAGCGGCCAUCCAUCAGCUAUAUGCAAAUGAGGUCUGUAGGAUGGAUGGUUAAGUUAUAUGAUCACUGUCUAUAUAAUGAACCUGUGUAUUCUUACCUUCUUUUCCCCCUUCUUUUUUAAUUUUUACAAGGAGGCGGGGAAUGGGGUGGUCCAAAUUUUUGUAAUUUUCUUCUAUUUUUUGGGGGAUAUAUUAUGAAUGUCAGAUAUGUUAUCGUCUGUCUUCUCCGUUUCCUGGAUCAAAA